GCCGGGACGGAGAGGGGGCAGGUGUCGGGGGCCACGGCAGCACCGUGCUAGUCACGGAGUCUAGAUACUGGUCCCUAAAGGGAGAAAGAAUACUCUUCUGGCCCAAAUCUCCCACAAGGCACCUCUGCUUUGCUGCUGCCUGACCAGUGAGUCCUUCAAAUACGCUCCAGCAGUGGUCAUACAGAACCGACAAACUUAAACUGGAGGAGGGACCAUGAUGUCCUUGGAUGGACCGAAGACAAUCAGUAACCCGAUCAUUCCAUAUGUUGGGACAAUACUUGGUGGCCUUUCUCCUGGAGAGCUGAUUGUGAUACAUGGGACUGUUCCUGAUGAUGCAGACAGGUUCCAAGUGGAUUUGCAGUGUGGCAGUAGCAUAAAGCCUCGAGCUGAUGUGGCGUUUCAUUUCAACCCUCGCUUCAAAAGGUCUGGCUGUGUUGUUUGCAACACACUAGAGGGGGAAAAAUGGGGCUGGGAGGAGAUCACUUACGAGAUGCCCUUUCAAAAAGGAAAGUCAUUUGAGAUUAUCAUCAUGAUUUUAAAGAAUAAAUUCCAGGUGUCGGUAAAUAAGAAGCACUUGCUGCUCUACAACCACAGAAUUAGCCUUGAAAGAAUAGAUACUCUUGGAAUAUAUGGCAAAGUGCAGAUCAAAACUAUAGAUUUUGUUUCUAAGGCUUUUCAAGGCUCUCAGCCAUCAUGUCUAGGAGUAACAAAGAUAAAGACAGAAAAUGGGGAAAUGCCAGAUGGUUCACAAUUUGGAGUUCCUUACGUUGGGAAACUUGAUGCUGCACUUUCUCCAGGAUGCACAGUUGCUAUUAAAGGAGAAGUGAAUAAAAACCCAAAGAGCUUUACGAUAAAUCUGAGAUCAAGUGACUCAAAGGACAUUGCAUUACAUCUGAAUCCCAGAAUGAAAAAUAAAGUUUUUGUAAGGAACUCAUACCUCUAUGACAGCUGGGGAGAAGAAGAAAAGGAAGUGGCCAAUUUCCCUUUCAGUCCAGGAAUGUACUUUGAGCUGAUCAUUUUCUGUGAUGCCCACCAGUUCAAAGUUGCUGUUAAUGGUGUUCACACUCUGGAGUACAAGCAUCGUUUUAAACAACUUGAAAAGAUCAACGUAGUAGAGGUCACAGGAGAUAUUCAGCUGUUAGAUGUGAGGAGGUGGUAGUUCUUUUCAUUCAGUACUAAAAGAAUUAAACCUCUUCUAAUAACAGUGCCUCCUUGUCAAGUACAGUCAGGCGCUGACUUCUGCUGAGCCUGCCUUUAUCUAUCUAGGCUUCUGCGCCUGCUCUCUUGAGAUAGGUGAGUACCAGAACUCCUAACGGCGAGAUUAAAUCCUCCUCUAGUGCACACUAUCCUGGCAAGCUAACUUUUGCUCAAAUAAAUCUCCUGUAUUACUGAGCCUAACGAUGUGAAAAUGCUGCAUCCUACUGUGUCUAACAGAUGCACUCAGUAUGUUUAAGUUAAACUACUACUUGCCAUUCCUUGAUAGCAUACAUAUGAUAUUGUGAAGCAGAAACAAGACUGAAACAGGAUCUAAAUAUAUGGUUGUCCAUCCCAGAAGGGACAAUGGUAAUUCAUUUAAAAUACAAUUAUGAAAUAUACUCUUCUGCGUCUUAGUUUAUAUUGGCAAUUAUAACCUUUUUACUGAGGCUGGAUUAAGCAAACAGUUGGCUCAUCAGUUCUAGCAAAAGUGAAGAAGGAAUUUGACCUUACUUCUUAGUCUGCUGCUGAAGUAGAACCUUCUCUGACAGUCAUGGUUAAGUCACCUCCAGCUUUUAAGUGGCUUAAAUCAAAUGUACAGCAGCAUUUCUAGCUUUUAGUUUUCCAAAGUGAAACAAAUGAAAAUGAUUUAGCUGAUUUCAAUUGCGUGAACUUUUGAAAGCUUGUUUGAUCUGAAAUGGCUCCUAACUAGCCAACUUGAGAUUGCUCAGGGACUGAACUAGAUGUUUGUGUAUUUCUUUUUUAAAAAAUGUGUGAACCCAUGUAUCCAGGCAGGGUUUCAGCUGAGAUGAGACUUGGAUACUUAUCAGUGGAAUAGAGAAUCAACCCUUUUUCAGUCUUGUAUUGAAAUACUAUGUAUUUGAAACAAAUGUUUCCUCUUUGAUCAGUUUUCCAUACAAAAGUCAGUCUUAAUUUUUAUAUUCUUUUAAAAAAUAAGUUGCUACUGGCUGUCAGUACAUGCCUGAGGGAUGUUCCUAUUUAUCUGAACAGAUGCUGAAAGAGUGAAGCAAUUUCAAGAAUAAGAAGUACCCUAACAGUGUUUAAGAUAAAUGACCAGAUUUAAUGUAUAAAAAGCAUAAAUAAAAACAUUUGUGAUCUCUACUUUUC